AUGAAGGCUGGGACCAUGCUCUGCCUCCCCACCUCGCCCGCUCUGCGGGCGCCUGGGCACCAGCCCCGCGCAGCCGAGGGCUCCCACGGCGCCUCUCGCCCUGCCUUGCAGAGCAAGCUCGUCAAGUACUUCAGCCGGCAGCUCUCGUGCAAGAGGAAGGUGGCCCUGCAGGAGCGCAACGCCAAGCUGGAGGGCUUCCCGCAGCUCCUGCACUGGUUCCGCAUCGUCGACAUCCGCAAGGAGGUGAUGGAGGAAAUCGCGCCGGGGCAGCUGAGCCUGGAGGAGCUGCUGGAGAUGACGGACGACCAGGUCUGCGCCACCGUGGAGAAGUUCGGGGCCAACAGUGAGGAGUGUGCGCGGCUCAACGCCUCCCUCUCCUGCCUCCGCAGCGUGCACAAGUCGGGGGGCAGCCUCUCCCACAAGCUCAUCCACCUGCUGCCCGGCUUCACGGCGCUGCACCGCAGCAAGUCGCAUGAGUUCCAGCUGGGGCACCGCGUGGACGAGGCGCACACCCCCAAAGUAAAGAAAAAGAACAAGCCCUUGAACCUCAAGAUCCACAACAGUGUGGGAAGCUGCGAGAACAUCCCCUCACAGCGCUCUCCGCUGCUCCCGGAGCGCUCCCUGCGGUCCUUCUUCGUGGGAUACCCGCCCUUCCUGCCCUCCACGCCGCCUGUCCACACUGAAGCCACCUUUUCUGCAAACACACUGUCAGUGCCUCGCUGGUCCCCGCAGAUCCCCCGCCGCGACCUCGGAAACUCCAUCAAACACAGGUUCUCUACCAAGUACUGGAUGUCGCAGACCUGCACUGUGUGCGGCAAGGGCAUGCUCUUCGGUCUGAAGUGCAAAAAUUGCAAGCUCAAGUGCCACAACAAAUGCACCAAAGAGGCCCCCCCGUGUCACCUGCUCAUCAUCCACCGUGGAGGGAGACGAGCCGGGCGGUGCGAGGCAGAUUUGCAUCCCAAACCGCUUCCACCCACCCUCCCCCUGCCACCUUUCCUUUGCAGAUUCCCCACAGCUCGGGCGAGGUUAGUCCGGACCGAAUCCGUGCCCUGCGACAUCAACAACCCCCUGCGCAAGCCGCCCAGGUACUCGGACCUGCACGUGAGCCAGACGCUGCCCAAGACCAACAAAAUCAACAAGGACCACAUCCCGGUGCCCUACCAGCCAGAUUCCAGCAGCAACCCCUCCUCCACGACCUCUUCCACGCCGUCCUCGCCUGCGCCACCGCUGCCGCCCAGCGCGACGCCGCCGUCCCCGCUCCACCCCUCGCCUCAGUGCACGCGGCAGCAGAAGCAGUUCAACUUGCCAGCUUCCCAUUACUACAAGUACAAGCAGCAGUUCAUUUUCCCUGACGUGGUGCCUGAGACGCCAACGCGAGCCCCGCAGGUGGUCCUCCAUCCUGUCAACUCCAACCCCAUCCUGGAAGGAAAUCCAUUACUUCAAAUUGAAGUGGAGCCAACGUCGGAGAAUGAGGAGGGCAAUGAGGAGGCCCAGGAGUCGGAGGACGACUUUGAAGAGAUGAACCUCUCCCUCCUCUCGGCUCGCAACUUCCCCCGCAAGGCCAGCCAAACCAGCAUCUUCCUCCAGGAGUGGGAUAUCCCCUUCGAGCAGCUGGAGAUUGGGGAGCUCAUCGGCAAGGGCCGCUUUGGGCAGGUGUUCCAUGGACGCUGGCACGGCGAGGUGGCCAUCCGACUCAUUGACAUCGAGCGGGACAACGAGGACCAGCUGAAGGCCUUCAAGAGGGAGGUGAUGGCCUACCGGCAGACCCGCCACGAGAACGUGGUGCUCUUCAUGGGAGCCUGCAUGAGCCCUCCUCACCUCGCCAUCAUCACCAGCCUGUGUAAAGGACGGACUCUCUACUCGGUGGUGAGAGAUGCCAAAAUGGUCCUGGACGUCAACAAGACGAGGCAGAUAGCUCAGGAGAUCGUCAAGGGAAUGGGUUACCUGCAUGCCAAGGGCAUCCUUCACAAAGACCUCAAGUCGAAGAACGUUUUUUACGAUAACGGCAAGGUGGUGAUCACGGACUUUGGCCUCUUCAGCAUCUCAGGAGUGCUGCAGGCGGGCAGGCGAGAGAACAAGCUGCGAAUUCAGAACGGCUGGCUGUGCCACCUCGCGCCGGAGAUCAUCCGGCAGCUCUCGCCCGACACCGAGGAGGACAAGCUGCCCUUCUCCAAGCACUCGGACGUCUUUGCACUUGGCACCAUCUGGUAUGAGCUGCACGCGCGUGAGUGGCCCUUCAAGACGCAGCCGGCAGAGGCCAUCAUCUGGCAGGUGGGACGGGGCAUGAAGCCCAACCUCAGCCAGAUCGGCAUGGGCAAGGAGAUCUCGGACAUUCUGCUCUUCUGCUGGGCCUACGAGCAGGAGGAGCGGCCCUCCUUCACCAAGCUCAUGGACAUGCUGGAGAAGCUGCCCAAGCGCAACCGCCGCCUCUCGCACCCCGGGCACUUCUGGAAGUCGGCAGAGUAA